CGUUCUACACACUUUACUGAUGCGAUGGUUCCUAUGAUCCCUUUACAUUUUCUUAACAACUCGUUCAGUGACAAUCGGCCCAAGUGUUUUGUAUUUUUGAACUUUUUUAAACACUAGGAAGAUAUGUUAGUUCUUAAGAAAAAAGAAGAGUUUUAUAUUUAAAAUAGUUUUUGACUACUGCCAUAUGGAACUAAAGAGAAAAACAAUGGAGUCUAUAUCUGUUAAUAGUAAUGCUAAAAUCUCAGAUUCUGGUUAUUCAAACAGUUGCAGUAACACCAAUUCUCAAAGAAGUGCAAGUUCAAAAUCUAUCCAUAGUGGAAGUAACUCUAGCAGAAGUAGUGGAUACUGUGGUGGAACAACAAUUCCAGAUGGAAGUGUCGAUAUUGGUCCACAACCCCCCAAACGCAGCAAAGACAAGGAGCACAAAAACAAGAAAGUUAAACCCAUUACUUUAUUGUCCACAGUGACGAGCAUUAGCAGUUCUACGUUGACGUUGACCCCUAGUGAAAAUCUCAACACUUCUGUUCAAAAUGUGAAGGAUAUAUUUCCUGAGCCUCUAAUUGGGGUUGAGGCUGUCGUUCCCCAAAUUGCCAUUGAAGUUCCUGUUACUGUAGAAAAAUUGAACGAUAUUAUAUCAGAACAUCAACCUAGCCCAGUGGUGCUAGAACCUGUUACAGCAAAAACACCGCCUCUGCCAACGUUGUGUCCCACCACCGACCUCGCCAUCAACCUGGGAGUGGAAUGGGAAGGCACCGAGGAGAAAGAAAACGAAGAACCACCGCAACCAGAAGCACAAGCCAAGACCAAAUCUAUAGAAACCGGAAAGGUGUACACUUGUCAUGCGGAGGACAGUUUCUGUUGCGUUAUAUCCAUGUACGACGGCGUGGUGUUAUAUACGACUCCAAGUUUGACCACAGUUCUGGGAUUCGCCAAAGACAUGUGGCUGGGCAGAUCCUUCAUCGAUUUCGUGCACCCCAAAGAUAGAGAAACCUUUUCUAGUCAAGUCACUAACGGAAUCGCCUUUCCCUUAGUAGAUUCCGAAGGAAAGUACAAAGAUUACAAAAAUUGCCUUUACGUAUGCCUUCGAAAAUACAGAGGAUUAAAAUCGUCUGGGUUUGGUGUCGUAGACAAAGCAGUCUCAUACCAAGCGUUCCAGCUCACUGUGAAGUUCAAACACUUUACAGACGCUUCAGAAAUUAAAUAUUUAGAAAACAAUAGCGGUAUGUUCCUUGUCGUGAGUGCCGUUCCAGUAUAUUCUCCAUAUAAAGUUCCCGUAGAAAAGAGAUCGUCCCCGAAGUUCGGAAUGCGCCAUACUGCUGGUUGUAUCUUUAGCCAUGUAGAUCCGGAUGUGGUCACAAAUUUUGGUUUUUUGCCGCAAGACAUGCUAGGAAAAUCAAUUUUUGACUUCUAUCAUCCCGAAGAUAUGCCUUUAUUUAAAGAAACAUACGAGUCUGUGAUGAGAAUGUGCCAAAUAGCGGGAUCAGUAUUUCGUAGUAAGCCGUAUAGAUUUGCAGUACAAAAUGGAACUUUUGCAAAAGUAGAAACAGAAUGGUCUAGUUUUAUAAAUCCCUGGUCUAGAAGACUGGAGUUUGUUAUAGGAUUUCAUAGAGUCAUAGAAGGUCCAAUUAAUCCAGAUAUUUUUGAACCGCCCAAAAUUGAAAUUACUAAGAAUAUAUCAGAGGAAAUUAUUAAGGAAAGUAAAAUUAUACGAGGAGAGAUUAUGGUUUUGUUAAAUAAGGAAUUGCCUCGUCCCAACGAGGCUGUCAAACACGAGGUCUCGAAACGUUGCAAAGACCUCGCAAACUUUAUGGAAUCUCUCAUGGACGAAGUGAACAGAACAAAUUUGGAGUUAGAUUUACCGCAAGAGAUCGAUCCUACCAUCUCGGUAAGUCUGAAACGAAGGGAGCGUGAUUCAGUAAUGCUGGGAGAAAUAUCUCCAUACCACGAUUACUGCGAUAGUAAGUCAUCAUCAGAAACACCACCCAGCUACAAUCAGUUGAAUUACAAUGAAAACCUACAAAGGUUUUUCCAAAGCAAGCCGAAAACCACUCUUUCCGAAGAGAGCAGUAAUGGUAUUCAGGCUGAAGCUGAUGUAGAUGUUAAGGUCGGCCAAGUGAACAAUCAGAAAUGUUUAUCACCAGUACAAAACAGUGGCACAUCUGGUAGUGGAAGUGCUGGAAACUUAAGUUCCGUUAGUAAUCAAAAUAUGGAGAGCGCUACGACGAAUACUAACACAUCUAAUGGAGACUCAUACAGGCCACCAUUACUAACAGAAUCACUAUUGGUGAGGCACAAUGAAGAUAUGGAAAAAAUAAUGCUAAAGAAACAUCGUGAAUACAGAUCAACGAUCAAAGAUAGCAAGAAAAGUCAUCUGAAAUCAGAAAAAUGUAUAAUUGGUGAUAGAGGAGCUUUCGACAAAAACGAGCACUUUUUGGACGAAUACGCUCACGGAAUUAAGCGAAGUGGAACCCAUUCUCAAGAUGGAGACAACCACAAAAUAUCCAAACAUAAACACGUAGCUCCAGAAAUUAUAAACCAAAAAGAAGAAACGGUUGCACCUGCAGUCAAACCAAUCACCGUUCAAUCUCAAAUACCUCUUUCUAUGCACUGCACCGAGCAACCUGUAUACCAACCUGCAUUAAACGACGUCAAUCUAUGGCCUCCGUUUUCUGUGACUGUAACCACGAUGCACAACACCCACACGAACACAACCAACUCAGGUCUAGGGAGUCCUGGUGGCCCAGGAAACUACGGAGCCGGGAUGUUUCCCCUAUACUACAUACCAACAACCCCUUCACGAACUAUACCUGGACAUUUCAGUGAUCCAGUUCUGCAUGGAUCUCGCUAUCAAGUUCAAUAUAUGCCAGCCAGCAUGAUCUACAACUACAACAACGCCCUCUAUCAUCCCACCUCCCCGUUCAUUUGCCCAACCGUUCCUGUCGUUCCUCUUCCGAUGGUCCCACCAACAUUGAAUCCAAUCAACCCAGCUGCUGACGUCUGGCCCAUGAAUCCCUUACAGACGAUCAACAGCGUGGGAGUUGCUAGCCAGGGAUGCGUUAAUGUAGUAUCAGAGCACAAACCCAACACGCCGAACACACCUCAAACGGCUCGCAUGCCGCAAACACAACAGCAGUUUCAACGACCAGCUUCUCAGGCUACUUCCAUUAAAGCUGAACCUGGAAGCGUGAUGGGGUCUAUCGCUUCUGCUAGUGUUGUUAACAAAGCCUUGUCUGAAUGCUCUAGAAAGGACUUAUGGUUACAGUCACCCCUAGUUAGCCCGCCAGAUGGCGAGGCGCAGCUAUUUGUACCAAACAAGGUACCUCAUCCGCCUGAAAGGAAUAGACCACGUAUUUUUCAAAACAAUAUCAACAGCAUUGACGAAUCUAGCAGUUGCUAUUCGUCAUCUUACUCCUCAUUUUUGAAAACUGACGCUGGUUCAGGCUCCAAUGACGAUUCUAAUGUUAUGGAUACCAAAUCUAACAGAUGUGAUGAGAAUACGUGGAAAGGUAAAAACUGCCCAAUACGGAAAAAAGAACCAGCAUGGUCGGAAUCAGUCGACGUAUCUCCCGAUUUAAUAUACAGGUAUCAGAUGGCCGUGAAAAACCUAGAAGAGAUUCUUGAAGCUGAUCUGAACUGUCUUAAAGAACUAUCUCAGCCCGUUUUAGUCAAUGACCAAUUGAAUCAACUAUAUAUUGAUAUGGAGUUAGAAGGACUGUCAAAAAAAUUAACGUUAGAAGAAGGAAUUACUUCAAGCAGUAGCAGUGAUGAGAAUUCUAUGAAUAUAACAAAGCCAAAGAAGAAGAGGAAAUCGUACAGUUCCCUGGUAAUGAUUUACGAAGAAAAUGCCCCCUUACCCUCACCAAUAAACCAUUUUAAUUAAGUUACCCCCACUCCCAUAUAUUUUUAUAACAGUUUGUAAAUUUAAGAAGUCUAUUUAUUUAAAAAAGUCUGUGUCAGAUUUUAUAUAGUAACUAUUUUUUACUCUAUUUCAAAAACGACUGUUAUAUCUUUAGGUGUAUUUAAUGUUGUAACUUUAAAACCGAUGUUUUUUAAUUUUUGUAUUCUACAGUAUUUAUAUUAAUUAUAUUGAAUAGAUUUUGAAAUAUUUAUAUAAAAUAGGCGUUUAUAUUUUUCAUGAAUGCAAU